CCGGGAUGCGCUGUUUUGCGGUUCUCAAACACCGUACGGUGGGACUGGCUGCUGGUGCUCUCACCCUCGCUCUCGCUAUCGUUUCUGUUCUCCCCCUUGCUCUCGACUCCCCUUGUCUUGGUUGCUCUCUUCGUCGUGUUGGUUCUGCGGUGUUUGGCGAUUCUCUUGGCCUCCUAGACUCAAGCAUGCAAGUCUCCGCUCCGCACCUUGCCGGAGCCCUUGUUCUGCACGCUGUCGACACUGCUUCUACAGGCUGCUCUAUCUGCGUCAACAUCUCCCGCUCUGUCGUCAACACACAGUGAAAACUUCACUCCGCGCAUUGGCAAGCGGUCCCGUACUAUAGCGGUCCUCAACAUGCUGAAUCUACCCUACGCGCGGAAAAUAUCUGGGCUUGCCGAACGUGAUGCGCUUCGUUCUGGUGACCUCUAUGGAGUGCGCUCGAGUGCUGCAGUUCAUAGUAGCACUGUAUAGCUGUGGG